CCUUCUGCAAUCAAAACUGUACUUUCCAGAUCACGUUGUGGUACCUAAAACAUUUUUUUGCGGCGUAUUCGCGCUUUGUGACAAUGUCGGCAGAUUAUGAAGAGAGAGACCUCUCCAACAGAGACAAUGGCCCAGAGGGCAUGGAGCCAGAUGGCAUCAUUGAGAGUAACUGGAAUGAGAUCGUGGACAGCUUCGAUGAGAUGGCCCUGCGUGAGACUCUCCUGAGAGGAAUCUAUGCCUAUGGUUUUGAGAAACCGUCUGCCAUUCAGCAGAGGGCCAUCCUCCCUUGUAUCAAGGGUUAUGAUGUCAUUGCACAGGCCCAGUCAGGCACAGGGAAGACUGCCACGUUCGCCAUCUCCAUCCUCCAGCAGAUUGAUAUCGAGCUGAAGGGCACCCAGGCCUUGGUCCUCGCUCCCACCCGAGAGCUGGCUCAGCAGAUCCAGAAGGUGAUCCUGGCCCUCGGUGACUACAUGGGAGCCUCCUGCCAUGCCUGUAUUGGCGGCACAAACGUCCGUAACGAGGUGACAAAGCUCCAGGCUGAAGCUCCGAACAUAGUGGUUGGAACGCCAGGCCGCGUGUUUGACAUGUUGAACCGCAAGUUCCUCUCGGCUAAGUACAUCAAGAUGUUUGUCCUGGACGAGGCUGAUGAGAUGUUGAGCCGGGGUUUCAAGGACCAGAUCUAUGAGAUUUUCCAGAAGCUCGGCACCAGCACACAGGUGGUGCUGCUGUCUGCCACUAUGCCUCAAGAUGUGCUGGAAGUCACCAAGAAGUUCAUGCGUGACCCAAUCCGUAUCCUUGUGAAGAAAGAGGAGCUCACCCUGGAGGGUAUUCGCCAGUUCUACAUUAACGUGGAGAAAGAGGAGUGGAAGCUGGACACCCUGUGUGAUCUGUACGAGACCCUGACCAUCACCCAGGCUGUGAUCUUCAUCAACACCCGCAGGAAGGUGGACUGGCUGACUGAGAAGAUGCAUGCCAGGGACUUUACUGUCUCUGCCCUGCACGGUGACAUGGACCAGAAGGAGAGGGACCUGAUCAUGAGGGAGUUCCGCUCUGGCUCCAGCCGUGUUCUCAUCACCACAGAUUUGCUGGCCCGAGGAAUUGAUGUUCAGCAGGUGUCUCUGGUUAUCAACUAUGACCUGCCGACCAACCGUGAGAACUACAUUCACAGGAUCGGGAGAGGAGGCCGUUUUGGCAGAAAGGGUGUUGCCAUCAACAUGGUGACAGAGGAGGACAAGCGCACUCUCCGGGACAUUGAGACGUUCUACAACACCACAGUAGAAGAAAUGCCCAUGAAUGUGGCUGACCUGAUCUAGAGUAGAGACCCCUGCCCCUGGCGCCCUGCCUGCUGGUGGUCUACAUACCACUAUCAUCAUCUCACUGUUCUCUAAAAUCUCCCAUUUCCUACCUGUCACCCACCUAUAUUCCCACCUAUCCAAGCCUCUCCCGUGUAUCCCAAUUUUGCGCUCUUAAAUGGGGUAGGGGAACCCCCGGUUUCCCCUCCUUUUCCAUGCAUUAUAAAAACCUAGAAUUGUAUGUUUACUUGGCCACAGAUGAGGAUCAGUAUGUUUGCAUUAGCAGCAGACUUCAUGUCCUUAUGUUGUAUACAAGGACCCCUUGGGACUCCAUUUCAAUAGGAAAUGGUAACUUCUUUUGGGAAUGGGGAUUGCACUAUGCAGUUGCAGUCUUUGUUAUUUGCAUUGAAGUUGUUAUAUUCUAUCACUCUCCAUUGCUGAUAUGCAGUAGAUUUUCUGCAGGAGAGUUUUUAAACAAAGGAUGACAUUGUUUAUAAAAAUGUUUAAAAAAUCCUCCAUGUGCCUCCUUGAAAGUAGAGCUAUUCAUUUUAACACCGUGAAUGAGUGGUAAGACACAAGCUGUUGGUAGAUAUUUUGAUUGAAUAUAUAAAACUACCCAUAUUUAAUUCUAAAGUGUAUAAUUUAUAUUUCACAAAGCUUGGCAUUUUGGGGGAGAAACUGAAUGUGUACAGAGGGGGCUAUUGGGAGUUUUGCUUUGAGUGCAAAGACAUUUGAUGGACUACAUGGAAUAAAAUUCCAGUAUAAACAUUUUAUUUAUUUUCCACACCUUUUUUUAUUAAUUAGUUUGGUUUCAUUUUACAAAUUGGGGAAGGGGGUGACUUCAAUAAAGUUACCAAAUAAACAAA